AUGAAUAUGCUCUUUAUGUUCGUUUGUUUUGUUGCCUGUCCUUCUGUUUAUUUAAAGAUCGAUUGCAAACCUGAUGAUUUUACUUGGUCGCAUGAUUUGUUCCUUGACCUACCUUAUAAGAGAAAAGAACUUGCUGAUGGGGAUGAGUCGUUUUACGUAAAAGGUCACUUUGUAGGGUUUAUCCAGAAGAAUAGCCGCGGAAUCGUAACCGGCUUUAGGAUGCGGGUAGGUGGAAAUCUUUCUGGCGAUUACUUUCUUACAGCCGGUUACUCCUUACGCUGGGUGUCGUAUGAGGAUGCAAUAGAAUUCCGGGAUGCUGCCAAGGCUAUUGAUUUCGGGCUUACAGGUCUCGCUCCCAAGUGGUGGAGAUCCGGGUAUGUUGAAAAGAAUCAUACUUUUGAGACCGAAUUUAUAACGAAAGACCUGUUCAAGAGACGGAUUCGCUGGCUUUAUAAGUUAAAUACACAUAAAAUUCAUUUUGGGUCUCUCUGGAUCCUCACUAUAUCGGAAGCCGAGCGUGAUUGGGAGAAAGCGAAGGCAGUUGAAGAACACCUGGACGGCUUUAAGGAGUUUUCUAAAAAGGCUGGUGAAGUGUAUGAUGAAGUGUAUGAUGAGUUGAUUGAUGAUUGCUCAGUUCAAUAA